UUUUUUUUUUUUUUUUUAAGAAGCUAGCCUGGGACAUCUCUAAGGCAUCCUAAAAAUAAGAAAAGAAAAAGUCCCCCCUUUCCUAUGUACUAAUCUCUUGUUUGGGAAUGCUCUGGUAUUUAAAAUCCUGGUUUCUCUGGUGUACAGACUUAGAGUAUCUGUGUCAAUGCACGUAAGUGUUUACUCCCAACUGAGGUGCUGUGCCCCGGUCCCUGUUCCCCUUGUCUGAGGCCAGCACAAGCAUUGUAAAGGCAGCCAUACCCUCCUGUGAGUUUGACCUGUGCUGCUUGGGCUUCUCAGCCUGGGGACAGUGCUGGCCCAGAGAACUGGGGCUGGGGGUUCCUCUGUGCACUGACCUGCUCAGGAGUCCUGAUGAUUGCCUGGUAUCCUGUCCAGGUUUUUAUGGGUUUUUUGUUUAGUUGGUUGGUUUUGUUCUUCCUAGCAAGAAAACUCCAGGAUGUUUGCACUGAACAGCAAAAGACUGAGUGCCUCGAGGCUGGUUACAAGAAAACUGUUCUCAGUUACAUCUUUCUGGCAAAGAGGUUGAGUUGUUGACUAUUGCCUGCAAGGAGGUGAUUGGAGUGAGCCCUUUCCCUGCCAUGGUUUCCUCCCACAGCAGGCUGGAGGCAUUGGUAGAGGAACCCUAAUGCCCUGCAGUAGCUGUGUGAGGGUGUUUCAUGGUUUAGCUCUGGUCAUCACCUGCAGUGUGUCUUCAGUGUCUGCUCUGAAAAGCACUGUGGCAGCCAGAGCACUUGCCGAGACUGCUUUGGAGGGGGUAGAAACCCUAGGGCUGAAAUCCAACCCAAAAUGCAGACCUGUCCCCUACCCCCAGGCUUUACAGUCCUACGGGCGCAUUGCUGGCUCCAAGCUUCUCCUGGGGGAAGGGGCAGUUUUUGUAGGCUUGUAUCCAAGAUCUGCAGGCAGUCUGUGUGGGCAGGUGUUGGGUCAGCCUGGCAGGUGCAGAGCUGUCAUUGAGUGGGGCUGAGCACAGCCCAGCAGGCUUGGCUCUUGCUCCCCUGCCUUUCCCCUGGGCAUUCAGCCCUUCUCCCCCUCCUUAUUCCUUGGCUCUUCCUGCCCUAGUGCCGGGAAGGCUGGUGGGUCUGCUGGGCAGAGAUAAAAGCACUCUUUGGGUAGCAGCUCCUGUCCUGUUCUUGUUUCCUGCAGUAUUUUUAACUUGAGUCCAGCCAGAGCAGAGCCCUGGAGUGUGAUGUGCCUGACAGGGCAGGGCUCAUCAGCAACACUGCCACACUCACAGGAGUCAGGGCUGUUGGAGGGAGAGACACUUGGCUCUUCCCUCUGAGUCCAGGGAGUGCAGCCAUGGGCUGGGCCCUUCUGCUCCUUGGCUGACUCCUCUGCCCCCUUUCCCCUUUUGUAUCUGUUCCUCCAUCUCUGGAUCUCCCCAGUAGAUCUCCCUGGGUAGGAAGCACAGUGUUGGCCAGGAAUAGGCAGGCCCUAGAUUCUGUUACUAGCCACUGCAUUUGUCUGAUUCCUCCCUGGGGGUUUGUCCAGGUCACUGGUGAGUAGGUUGGCUGGUUCCAGUUAUUCACUGUACAGAGCCUCUGCUUAGCCAGAGCAUGGACUGUAGGGGCAGGGGAGAGACCCUGGCACCGUGUGGAAGGACAAAGUAAGGAUGACACAACUGUGCAAGCUGAGCAAGAGUAGUGUUCAACAAUGUUCAGGGUUGUUUUUUUUUUUCAUGCUCCCCUAUUUUGGACUCAUAAGUGGCAGUGCCAUUCUAGGAGAGCAGAAGGAUUCAGCUUGAUUUCAGUAACAUGAAGGACUGAGGCACCUGAGAGCAAGUAUAACCUUUCUUUGCAUUAUGUGCUUACUUGAGCAGUGGAGUAGCCUGAAACAGGAGCUUCCUCCAGGUUUUCCAGAAAGGUGGACAGCUGAGUUCUCAGCUUUGUCUGUGCUAACAUAAAAGGAAACAUCUUGAAGUACCUGUCCCCUCUUUUCUUACACUAAUCUUGGUGAGGAGGAUGUUCUGUUGCAAAUGAGCCUCGUCUACCUGGAGAUUUUCCUCUUUCAAACAGAUUCAUUCCUAGAAGAUAAAGGGGACCUUUUCCCUUUAGCAUGGACAUAGAGCAGCUGACACCUUUCAUGCUGGGCUGUGCACAGAGGUGCUGUGUGCUGGUGAAAGCUCAGGGUACACUGGUCACAGGCAGGGUUUCUGAGGGUGGAUCUGCCCAUCCCUCCACGUGGGGAAGUCUCCAUCAGCUCAGUGCAUGUGCCUCCUACAUCAAGUCAAGGAUCACAAGCCUGUCCUCUACAGAGAGCUGAAGCCUUUGGCUACCAGCUGGCAAAGAUGGUUCAAGUUGCAUUUAGGGAAAACCACACAAGAGUGAGGCACCAGAGAUGGCUUCUACGGAGGGGUGGUGGUACCACUGAAAUCAUGUCUCUGUAGGAUGUUCCCUGGCCAGAAUUUAGGGACUGCUUGGAAAGGGAUUAGAGACUGAUUUUGGGGGAUGUCAGGGGUUCAGAUUCUGUCCUGAAAGGUGGAAUCUGUUCAUUUAAGGAGUGUGUUGUACUGUGGCAUCAGUUCUCACAGUAAGUGGAGAAGAGACUCCUGAACACAGGGAGCUUAGCCAUGUGGCUCUGGCAGUGAGAAGUGUGGAUAGGAAAGUAAUUUAACUCCUCCCCUCACAACCCUCCACAGCCUCACAUACAAUCCCUGCACCCCCUGGCACAUUCCCAUGUCUCUGCCAAGCUUUGUCCUGCUGAGUGAGUGGCUGCAGGGAUGGUGUCCCACUCCACAGCUAUGCCAGGCUGCAGCUGGGGCUGUUGGUACAUCUUGGCCCCUGUGCCUGACAGGAUGGAUCCAUGGCAUGAACCCCUUGUGUGCCACUGCUGUGCUGGUCCUGCCUGUGCAGUCUUUGCUGCCUCCUUGCAUGCCUCCCCUCAAAGGAGGGGCUCCCACUCGUCGUGCUCUGCAAUGGCAUUCCCUGCUCUUCCUCACAAACUCUGCUGUGCUUUAAUGCUGCCUUGCUCCUGCCAUGUACCUUCCUCACCCCCUGCUCCAUUCCUAGGCUCUAUGUUUCCUGUCCAUCUGUUGGGUUAUUAUAAUUAUAUUUUUUUGUAAAUUUCUGUUUGAACAUUUUGUCAUUGUGAACAAAGAAAAUGAAACCUUUUAAACAUAUCCAUUUUAUUAAAUGAUUAUUGUUAUUAUUAUUAAUGUUUACUACCUGAAUUGAUCAGUGAAAUAAAUACAUUCAAAAAUCCAACCUCUUUCUGUUUAAUUUUCAUCCCCCUUGAGCAGAAUUGGUGAUACAUUAUAGGCAGGAGAGAGCAAAACUGACCCUGUUUCUCCUUUUAUCUAAUUCAGUCAGAGCAGGUUUCAGGCAGUUUUCCUGCAUGGGAUUUCUGGCCUGUUUAUUCCAGAAGCUAGCAAGAGGAUCUUGAAGGUUCUUUUAUAUCCAAGCUUCCCCUAGGAGUGGUAUCUAUAUCAUCAGUGGUCAGCUGGCAAGAUCCAGUCCCAGGAAAUGCAGUUUGUAAGUAGCCAGGAGAACCUUGCCAAGUCCAUGCUGCAUGCAGAGCCACAAUAGUUCUGGCUCUGGAUCAGCUCCAUGCCACACCUGGCCUGAGCACCUGCCUGUGAAUAAACAGAGCACCGAAUACAUGAGAUGAGGUGAGUUUGCUGAACAAACUUACCCUGCUGUAGUUGAGCUGCUCCCAAGUGGAAAGCAGACUCUGCAGGAAAAACUAUGUUAGUUUGUUAGCCUGUAUCAGCAGAUCUUUCACUAGUAAGUACUAGAUUGGUGUCACUGCUUCAAGGGAAACCUGAGGGUCAGCACCCAGAAAGUGCUAGGUGUCACCACUCUGCCAAGUUCUCCUGAUGAGAUGGGGAAACCAGAGGUCACAGUGCUGGGGGAGUAUGGUACAAACCUACACCACCUUCCACUCUGAAGUGCAUUUUGAGUUACUAUGCCCUUCAGACUUGGUAACUUUUCUGUUGGGCUGAGCCUGUGGGCCCAGAAUCACAGUUAUCAGUAGUGGCAGCCUCUCCCAGCAAACGUGUUCUUGUGAGCAGUGUCAGCUCCCGUUUCUUGGAAGAUUUGCUCAGUGAAGCCUCAGCUUCCGGUGACAUGCAGCAGACUGCAGGAAGGCCUCAUGUGGGAGGUGUCCCUAGGAUGAGCCUGACCCUUAUCUUGCCAGCCAGCUGCAAGGGGGUUAUCUGGGAACACAGCUAUGCACACACUCUUGCACUGGCUGGACUGCCUCGAGACUUUUCUCUUGUGUUGUAAAGCCAGCAAGAAAGCAAGAUUGAACUACUCUGAGCUCUCGCGUCUCCAGUGGAGGACACCAAAUUAUCCAACUUUAGAAACUCUUCCUCAGAACAAAACAACAAAAGACCUUGGCUGUGGUGUCAGUCCUAGAGUGCAUGGUGUCUGGUCUCCACCUCAUCCCGUUUCACCAGGGAAGUGUUUGCAGGUGAAAAUGAACAGUGGAAUUCUCUUGUCCCUCCUUGGCUUCCUCCCACUCGUGACACCCUUAUGCCCUGUGCCAUGCAAGUGCACCACCAACAUUACUGACUGCUCAUUGAAAAACCUGACUGUAGAAAACCUGCCCUCUGCGUUCCAUCCUUCAGUUGAAAUCAUCCACCUGGCUUCGAACAGGCUCACCUCUAUUCCCAAUGGGCUUUUUGACAACCUGAGGAGCCUCCAGGUAGUCUACCUGCAGGGCAACCCUUGGGAAUGCACCUGUGACAUCCUCUACUUGCGCUCCUGGCUCCAGUGGCAGCAGAACCGGAGCCUGUACAGGGAUGUGAGGUGCAGCUCCCCGGAGCACCUGCGGGGCCGCAUCAUCGCCUACCUGACAGAAGAUGAGAUCGUCUCCACAUGCCAGCACUGGUACUGCAGCCUGGCUCUCCUCUCCCAGUUCUCUCUCUUCAUCCUCCUUUUCCUCCAGGGUAUCUUGGUUAUCCUCAUCAUUGUCUACCUGCAGAAAUUUCGGAGAAUGAUCGCUGAAGCCCGGAGCACCACCCGAGAACUAGACUAGCGGGUAGACCCUUGGGUAUCUUCUUCAAUAAACCCCUCUAACAAUGAUUAACAUUAUGAGACAGAAGACCCUCCUCCCUUUGGGAGAUGCUGUGCCAAAGUCCUGUAGUUUGUGAUACCCAGAGAGGACAGUUUAGAACAGCAUCUAAUCCUAACAGCAGUCUGAAGCAGAACUUGAACUGAUCAGACUUUUGCUGUGUUCCUAAAGAAUCAAUCUCAUGUUUUUUCAAUGCUUUAAAUUCUUUAGCAUUAUCUUGGCUGCUUGUCUGAGCUAGAAGUGGUUCGGUAGACUGAGGAAGUCAUAAACUACAGCAACCAGAACUGACUCAAACAGCUCAUAAGCUCACAGGGACUCCAGUGCUCAAUCCCUCCUCUCCUACAGUAUUCCAGCCCUAUUUCCCAGGAUGCUUCUGGUUAUGCUGGGUCAGGUGAGGACAGAGGUGGGCAGUGAACUGUUUGACUACUGAGCUCAGAUAAUGGAGAAAUAGAGUUUCCUUCUGCUACCACAGACAGCAUUAAGAGCUUUGGACCAGGGACUUAAUCUUCUCCUGCCUUGGUUUCCCAAGUAAAAGGGAAAGGAAAUGUCUUCUUGCUUGAUGCAUCUUUUUCAAUGUUGCUCUGGGAGAGGAAGGGUAUGUCUAGAAGCCCAUUCAUUUUACCUUAUCUGCAUUCCUUUUAGUCUAUUUUAGUUUUAAUACUGACUUGAGUGAGACUGGGGCCCUGAAUCUUUAUGAGAAAUUCAUCCUGAAGACAAGAAUUGUUUGACUGUGCUUGUAUGGCACCUGGCACAAGAGAUUUGGUCUUGAGAGGUUCAAACUACAAACUCCACUGAUAUGCUAACUGCUGUUUAUGGUGUCCCUUUAUUUUUGAAAUAAAGCAAAAUUUAAAUAAAAUUAUGCACAACAAUGUAAA